AGGUUCCCAGAUGUUGAAGAAAAGUUUGUUGCAGACCUCAUUCUGAACAGACGUUACACUGACUUAAAUUUUAUUUGCAAUAAUCUUUUAGAAAAUCCAGAUUAUCCUAAAAAAGAAAAUGGAUUGAUCAGUUUACCCAAGAGCAGUCUGCUCGAAAGCAAUGAUGAUAAGGCACCUAAGGUGGAUUAUUUUGACAUUUCUCAGCUGGCUCCAGUGGAUCAACGUUGCUUCAUUCAAGCGGCAGACCUGUUAAUGGCAGAUUUUAAAAUGCUUAGCAGUCAGGACAUCAAAUGGGCAUUGCAUGAACUAAAAGGUCACUAUGCAAUCACACGAAAGGCCUUCUCUGAAGCACUCAAAUGCUGGCAGGAGUUGUCUCCAGAAAGCAAUGGAAAGAAAAAACGAAGGAAAGAAAUGAAUCAGUUCUCGUACAUUGAUUUUAAAUUUCAUCAGGGUGAUAUAAAACUAGAAAAAAGAAUGUUUUUCUUAGAGAACAAACGGCGCCAUUACAGAUCAUAUGACAAAGCUGCCCUGCUUCCAGCUGUACGGAAAGAAUUGGAGUUCUUCAACGUUAAGAUGAAAGAAUUAGCAGAGGAUGGCCAGAUGAUUGAGUGUCGCUGCUGUUAUGGUGAAUUUGCAUUUGAAGAACUUACGCAGUGUGCAGAUGGGCAUCUUUUCUGUAAAGAGUGUCUAAUCCGAUAUGCCCAGGAGGCAGUAUUUGGCUCUGGACAGUCUGAGCUGAGCUGUAUGGAUGGCUCUUGUACCUGUUCCUUUACAAGCAGUGAGUUGGAAAAAGUUCUUCCAGAAGAUAUCUUGUCAAAGUAUUAUGAGCGUCAGGCAGAAGAGGCAGUUGCAGCUGCAUGUAAAGAUGAGCUUGUCAGGUGUGUAUUUUGCAACUUUCCUGCGUUGUUGGAUUUAGAAGUAAAUCUGUUCAGCUGUCCUAAUCCCCGCUGUAGAAAGGAAACAUGUCGAAAGUGCCAUGUGUUGUGGAAAGACCAUGCUGACAUGUCCUGUGAGGAAGUGGCCGAAAAGGAUGAAAUUAAAUUCAGGACAAAUUUUGAAGAGCGAAUGACUGCUGCACGAGUCCGAAAAUGUCAUAAAUGUGCAACAAGCCUCAUCAAAUGUGGAGGCUGCAACAGGCUGUCUUGUCGCUGUGGUGCUCAGUUAUGUUAUGUCUGUCGAGCUCCUAUUAAUGGGUAUGACCACUUUUGCCAACACCCUCGUUCACCUGGUGCCCCCUGCCGAGACUGUACAAAAUGCUCUCUUUGGACAGAUGCAUCGCAAGAUGAUGAAAGGAUAAUUGAUGAGAUUCAGAAAGAAGCAGAAGAGGAACAAAGAAGGAAAAGUGGUGCUGCUGGCGUGAAGAGAAUUGGUCCACCAGUUGAAGAAAAUCCUGCAAAAAUCCAGAGAGUAGAACCAAUACAGCGACCAGUGCCCCAUAAUAUCCACCACCCCAGACUUCCAGUGUACCCCCCUCUUGUACCGCCUCACUUUCCAUUACCACCAGUUGCUCCCUUGUAUGAUAAUUUACCACUUAACAUUCCACCUGUUCCUGCUCCUUAUGUACCCCAUCUCCCACACAUCCGGAUGAACUUUGACUUCCCUGCACGGAUAAACUUUGAGCCCAAUUUACCCAUGCAUUUUGGGCCACAGCCUCAGCGGCAGCACAGACCACUAUAAGCAACACCAGCAAUGGAAGUAUCAGAAAAAGAGGAGGAGGAGAUUGUGCCCAGAAUCUGUUUGUAUCUGAAAAGGAUUCAGAUGUGCACUCAAGUAUGUGGGAGUAAGGAUUGAAUCUUACUACUUGUUUACAGCAUUUAACUUUCCUUCUUUCUUUUGUCUCUGAAAAAUACAGAUUCAGAUUUAGUAUUUCAUAAUGCGCCAUCAAAUGCUGGCAUUCACAAAUAGAUUAUUUUUCAGGUACCAACAGUAGAUGAAGAUUAGCCAGUAAAUAAAAAAAUAAUAAUCCAUCUUCCUGGCAAGUAGUCGCUGUGCAUCUGCUUUGUGUCUUCGUCUCAUUAAAAUGUACCCAUAUGUGAAUAAAGAUUACUUUUUUCUUCUUUUGUUUAGUUAAGUUCAAACAGUACUGGCAGUUGUCCAUUCAGAGCUUAUUAAUACAAACCACUGAGAAAAGACUAAACCAGUAAAGGCUGUUGUCACUAUCCAUUGAAAUGCUAGUAUUGUGCGUGAGUUAAGUAUUAAGAAGAAAGGAGCUGCUUAUUGCUAUCUGAUUUGUUUAUUGCUGCUGACCUGAAAGCAUUGGAAAUGGAAAGUAAUUCAGUUUUCACUCCACAUUAAGUAACUGAAAAUAAUGCCACCUUUGCAGAAGUUUGAAGCAGGUACCAUGAUUUGUAGGGUCACAGUAUGCAUAUAGCUAUGCAUAUGCAGUACAUAGAUACCUAUAUGUAUUUUUUCAUUACCUGAAAAUCUCCGGAAGAAGUUGCAUCUUUUACACAUUAACACAGUUUUAUGGUUUUGAACAAAGUUAAGCCAUAUAAUAGUUAGGUGUAGUUUGUAUACAUAGUUAAGUAACACUGUACCUGUGCAGAGUGCAGUCUUCCGAGUAUAAAAUGGGUUUCCAGAGUAUUAUUCUGUCAGACUGGCAGUUUCAUCACUGUGAAUGUCAUUUAUGAUUACUUGUAUCCUUUCAGGGCUUAGUGCAGUUGUUGAUGCUUUACACAUCUUGGGUACUUGUAGAUAGCCAAAUGGACACUCAGACUGUUUUUACAGUAAGACUUAUUUUAUGUUGUAUUAAAACACUUCUUCAGUGUCAAGUUGAUCGAUGCUAAUUCACGCAAGUUAAAUUGACUCACUGAACUGAGGUCAACACAGUUUGCAACUUGUCCCAAGAUUUUUGCACCCUUGUACUUGGUUAUAAUACUCGUGUUACAUGGGUAUUUCCCCAUGUGAAGCAUGUCAAUCUCAGUUCGUGUCUGUUUGGCUCAAAUGAAGAGGCAUUGAUGACUCUGUCUUUCAGCUAUGGUCGAGUAACCACUUUGAAUACCUGUUUAGACACAUGCAGACACCUGAAUGGGAUACUGGAUAAUCUUUUUAUUUAAACUGGAAUAAUUGGAUGAUGCAGACCUUCUAGAAGUUAGUGCAUAGCCCAGUAUUCAUUGUAUGUAACUACAGUCUGUAAAACAAGGUUCCCUAUGCUGUUUAUGUAGUCAUUGUUUUUACUGCUAAAAAGGAAAAAAAAAGAGAGAGUGACAGUAAAUUUGAUUUAGCUUUAGUUUUUCAUAUGCCUCACCUCAACUUUUAAAAGGUGCAUUGUUUGUAUUUGGGGAAAUGAUAAAGAGCUCAAUUUGAAUGGAAAGAAUGUGCACAUUUUAACUAUCUGUCUAAUAGUGCAUUCUGUUUUAUAGUUGUGUUUAAUUGUGUCAUGCACUUUGCAUAUUGAUGCAUAGGUUUUAUAGUGUACACAUUUGAAUUGAGUUAUUAAAGACUCGUAGAUGUCUUAGCCUUACAGAGAAGGUACUGUGGUCUGGUGUCUUGAACAGUGUACUUUGACGCAAGCUAUACCUUUCUUGAUCUUGGCAUAAUUAGAUUGUGUUUACAGACAACAAGCUUGUUAUGCUGAUAACUAGUUCAGUGGCAGUGGGCGCAACCUCCCUACUCCUGUGAAAUAUAACAGCUCAAAGGUGACAUCACCUAAGAAGAAUGUAUGUUGUCUGCCACUUUGAUGCAACAUAGUAUGCAUUAUUGACAGGUGCAUUCAUUUUGUUGGAGAAUAAGAAGUACAUCAAAAAUGACACCCCAACAUAUGGAAAGUAAAGAAAUUGUAACCCAGAAAUGAAAACUGAUUAGCCAUAACCUUAGGCCAUUAAAAUAACAUGUACACCCACAUCACUUUAUCUUCCUGCAAAACUGAUGCAUAUUUAAAUUAAUGAGAAAAGACACUCAAGGAUUGCUGAGGGGAGAACAUUUUCAAAGUACUUAUCACCCAGUCCAUACCCUUUUGCUGUCUGUUCUGAAGUUACUCCAUGCAGAAAACUUGUGUAAGCCAUGCAGUAGUCAUCUCAGUGCACCUACUAAGAUAGAUGGCUUUGUUUUUUAUUUUUAUUUAUUUUUGUGCAGUGUCUGCUGUUUAUUGGGUAUAUUAUAGAUUCCUGCCAGAACUGUCUCGUUCAGAGCACAAGUAUUUUAUUUUUUCACAGGGCAUCCAGCAUUCUAUUUUAAUAGAGCUUUUAAAGAAUAAGUUUGGCAUUUCUAAAAGGAACUUUUAUUUAGAGAGUUUAUAAUUUGAAAUUUUAUUUUGUGUGGCUGUAGUUCUUGUGAGGCACCACAGUUUUUAUUAUUGUUGGGCCCCCUAGAAGGACCGUCAGGAAGAGCUAAACGUAAUUUAUUUUCAUUAAGUGUGCAUUUGCUCCUAAUUCUUCAUUCUGAAUGCUUCUCUAUGGAUCCAGUUUUUAUUGUCCUGAAUGAAAAGAAAAAAAAAUCAGGAACAUAUGAAGUAUGGUAACUUCAGCUGAAUAAGCCUAUCUUCAUCUUUAUUCUGAAUAUCCUUAGAAGAUAUGACAAGAAAAUCAUGUUGCUUCACCACCUUACAGCUGCACAACAUAAAAGUUCAGGUUACAGACAUAAUGAAUGAAAGUUAAUUUUAGAAAUGAAUUGUGUAACAGCUUCAAUUUUCAUCUGCUGUCUCAGACUGCAGGUUGUCUACAACUCAGGAUAUGGGGAUAUUUAAAAAAUGAAGUACUACAGACACUUAGUUUGUAGUAGUACACCAUUAAAGUGUGAGACGUAUUUGAUAAUUUUAUUUAACUGGGCAUUGUGGCAGAUUUUAUUUCUCUGGGCAUUUGCAUUUAUUGACCCAGUAGCAGCGUUCCAUUGUACUUGCCUUAAAGGUGGAGAGAGAGAGAGAUGUAUUUGCACUUAGCAAAACAUUUUAAUAAAUUGUGCAUGUUCUCUACAUUUGUAAAAAAUAGAAAAAGCAAGCAAAAAAAUAGUAGAAAGGCAAUGUAUGGUUUAUUAAAAAAUAUUUUCCUUACCUUAUGGCAUAAAACUGUUACUCUGUUGAAUAAAGUGUUGUGAAUAAAAAAAAUAUAUAAUUUUUUGUAAAUAAAAAUUUUUUGUGCACUA